AUGGCAAAGAUCAGCAAGAGAUCAAAGUCAAACCGAGGAUGGUGGUGGGAUCAUUUCGUGAAGCACCCAGGUUAUGCUGUCAAAGACCCAGCUUCGAUGGUCAGCAGAAAGGCAAAGGUGGUGUGUGCAAGGCUCUAUGAGCAAUGUGUUGCGCAUGAGCAGGCAAUAGACGAGCAGCAGGUUCACGCAGGCCAGCGAGAUGCACCGAGGGAUGAAGUGGCGAUCGCAGGCACUCUACUAGUUUGGGCCAGUGGCCAGAAUGAUCCCCAACACACCUGGUUAAUCAGUCAGCCGACGACACUAUUAUGUCACUUGUGUGAUUGCACAUUGCACUCUGAGGAUAUCCAUUCGCAAGCAUGGCUUGAAUACCACCAAUCAUAUUCACCACGAAAAGGUGCCACUUGGGUCCUAACUCCAGCACAUCUCACGAAAAUUCCCUCUGCAAAAGUCUUGACGCGGCAUGUCCUACCCCAUGCCCUUAAUAUACUCAAAGGUACCGCUAAAGAAGAAUGUCAAGGCGCUGACGCAACAUUGCAAUGUGAUGGUUGGACUGGUGAAAAUCACCAUCACCUCCUGGGGUUUAUGAUGACUGCUCGCCAAAAGCUGCACACGAUUAAAGUUCACGAUGCUUUGAUGGACCCUCGCACCGCCGAAGAACUUCUCAAGCAAAUGUUAGAUGCAAUCAGCAGGAUUGAGUCCGAGUGGGGGGCAAGUGUUAUCACUUGCACCACAGAUGCGUCUGGUGAAUCACAAAAAGCUCGGUGUCUGCUUCAAGAGCAGCUACCCCACAUUGUUGUUCCUAAUUGCUUGGCUCAUCAGGUCAAAGACAACUACGGGAUCUAUGGAGACAUGGCACAAGAACUAAUUACAUGGCUAUGCAGCAAGACACAUGUGCUCGCCAUUCUCCGCGAAAUACAGAUGGUGACAAUCAGAAAGACGCUCGCAGUUCUCAGGGCAGUGCUGACGCGUUGGAUGUCCCAUUAUCUUGCCUAUCGCUGCCUCCUUGAGCUUCAUCCUGCACUCGAAUUGCUUGUAACGAAGCACGAAGCUCAUUUGAUAUCAGGUGGAGAUGCACACUCAUGCAGAAAGACUCAAACAGCCAUUGCGACAAUCAAAAAUGCAACGUUUUGGCAUGCAUUGGCACGAUGGAAAAUGUUGCUGGAGCCAAUUUCCCUCAUGACAAAUGUUCAUCAAGCAGCCCAGGCAAGACCCGAAAACGUUGCAAUAUCAUUUGGUUUUCUGCACUUUCGCUACUCCAAGAUCAACAACAGCACUGAUCUGGCAGCUUGUACAGCUGUUCUUGCAAGUGUCAAGCGCCGCUGGGAACAGUGCGACCAGGAAGUCUUUAUUGCUGCCAUCAUUGUGAAUCCUUUCUAUAAGGUUUCUCCAUUCCGGAAUGUACCCCUCACAACGCAUGCGGGGCUUGCAACACUUUUUGCACGUCUUUGGUGCCAUUUUUACAACACUAAUGAUAUACCACUCGAUCUUUAUACGGACUUGGAUGACUAUUUGAAUAGCUCCCAUGACUUUGCAUACAUGGACAACUACAAGCUUUCACUGUUAUAUCGCGCAGAAAAGGAGGGUGUUUCAGUCGAUCCAAUCGAUAUAUGGACAGGACUGUCACAUCCCGGUUCAGCACGUCAACCACUUCAUACUAUCGCUCAACGUCUUCUCUUGAUUUGCCCGAAUUCCGCCUCUUGCAAACACCUAUUUAGCAUGUUUGGCGCGAUUCUCACGAAAUGGUGCAAUCGGCUCUCAACUGAGACGCUCACCCUUCUGGCAGAACUCAAGAUGUAUGUUCAUGAGGAGCAUGUACACAAUGAUGUGGUCAAGAAGCGGCUUCAGCACCGGUACUGUGACACCAAGGACACUGACAAAGCAGAGCCUACUCAAGUAGUUCAUGCAGUUGGUGAUGAUCUAUCAGGAGAAAGCAGUGAACAGGAGCCACACAGCCUUGCUUUCAAGAAGCGAGGGAUAAGCGAUGUUGCCGCAGACCUUAUCCGAGCUGUUCAGGAGGAGGAGGAGAUUUCUGCCACAGAAUCAAUGCACUCAGUCCCCGUCAGUGCUGUCAGUGGUUCAUUCUCCCGCAUUGCUAUCAAUGACUUACUUGACUAUUCUCGUGCAGAGGAAUGGCUGGGAUCUUUUUAUAAAGUCGCCAUUCGAGGUUUAGACGCUGAGCUUGAGUUGUACGAGCUUCUUGACUUAGAUGCAGAGGGAAUCGACGAUCCAGACUUUCCUCAAGCUGACGAUGUUCUUGAAGAGUAG